UCGAUCGUAUAAUUAGAAGAAACAAUAAACGAAAGAAAUUAAUUGCGCUCUCUCAUCCUCCAGGUUAAGAAAUCGAAAUCGAAAUCGAAAGCGAAAGUCCCCUGUAUCUUCUUCGUGUUUUGAUAGGCAAUGGCGUUGAAGCGGGGAUUAUCAAGUUCGGUCGUGAACAAGAACCGAAGUGGUGGUGGAUCUAGAUUGCCGAUUAUACUCGUGAUUUUCUUCUGCUUUUUGUCGCCGUUGAUUUUCUUUGUCGGUCGAGGACUCAUUAUAACAAGCUCGUCUUCUGAUCAAAACAAUAAUAAUAAUGCUGUUGGUUCUGGUAAGCAGCAAUUGGAUUGGAGAGAACGGCUGGCCUUGCAACAUGUGAAGCCUCUUUUCUCAAAAGAGGUCAUUGAUGUUAUCGCAUCCAGCACAGCUGAUUUGGGGCCUUUGAGUCUUGAUUCUUUUAGGAAAAACAAGUUGCCUGCCUCGUGGAAAGUUAUUGGUGGAGAGACUCCAGUCGACAAUAAGGCUGCUUCUGAGACAAACCAAACAGCUACGGUUGUCAAGCAGGAAGCAUCUAAGGGAAAAGUUGACAACAUUUCUGAUGAUAAUGCUCAAUCCGGUGACACGCCUGCAAAACUAGCUCGAAGGCAAUUGAGGGAGAAAAGACGUGAAAAACGUGUUGCAGAGUUACUGCGGCAAGAUGAUGAAGCAACUGCAAGACUUGACAAUGCAGCCAUUGAACGCUCUAAAUUAGUUGACGGCGCUGUUUUGGGAAAAUACAGUAUAUGGAGGAAAGAAAUGGAUAAUGAGAACUCUGAUUCAACAGUACGCUUAAUGCGGGAUCAGAUGAUAAUGGCAAGGGUGUAUUUGAGCAUUGCAAAGGUGAAAAACAAGCGUGACUUGCUACAGGAACUUCAGACUCGGCUCAAAGAGAGUCAGCGUGCCCUUGGAGAGUCAUCGGCUGAUUCUGAUCUACAUCCCAGUGCACCUGGAAAGUUAAAAGCAAUGGGCCAAGUUCUGUCAAAAGCAAGAGAGCAAUUGUAUGAUUGCAAGUUGGUUACUGGAAAGCUCAGAGCAAUGCUUCAAACAGCAGAUGAACAAGUUAGGAGCUUAAAAAAACAGAGCACAUUCCUGAGUCAACUGGCUGCCAAAACAGUUCCUAAUGGAAUCCAUUGCUUGUCUAUGCGCCUAACAAUUGACUACUACCUCCUUCCUCUUGAGAAGAGAAAGUUUCCUAGAAGUGAGAAUUUGGAAAAUCCAAAUCUUUACCAUUACGCGCUCUUCUCUGACAAUGUCUUGGCUGCAUCAGUUGUUGUCAACUCAACCAUCAUGAAUGCCAAGGAUUCUUCCAAACAUGUCUUCCAUCUUGUUACCGAUAAGCUCAACUUCGGAGCGAUGAAUAUGUGGUUUCUACUGAAUCCUCCUGGAAAAGCUACUAUCCAUGUUGAAAAUGUAGAUGAAUUCAAGUGGCUUAAUUCCUCCUACUGCCCAGUUCUGCGUCAGCUUGAAUCUGCUGCAAUGAAAGAGUAUUACUUCAAAGCAAAUCAUCCAACUUCUCUCUCAUCUGGCUCUUCAAAUCUGAAGUAUCGGAACCCUAAGUAUCUUUCAAUGCUUAACCAUUUGAGGUUCUAUCUCCCAGAAGUCUAUCCCAAGUUGGAUAAGAUCCUGUUUCUUGAUGAUGACAUUGUUGUGCAGAAGGAUUUAACUAAAUUGUGGUCAGUGGAUCUACAUGGAAAAGUGAAUGGUGCAGUGGAAACCUGUGGUGAAAGUUUUCACCGGUUUGAUAAGUACCUUAACUUUUCAAAUCCCCAUAUUGCCAGACACUUUGAUCCAAAUGCUUGUGGGUGGGCAUAUGGGAUGAAUAUUUUUGAUCUUAAGGUGUGGAAAAAGAAGGAUAUUACAGGAAUAUAUCACAAGUGGCAAAACAUGAAUGAAGACAGGGUACUGUGGAAGCUUGGGACAUUGCCUCCAGGGCUGAUUACAUUUUAUAAUCUGACACAUCCUCUUCAGAAAUCAUGGCAUGUGCCUGGAUUGGGGUAUAAUCCAAGCAUUGAUAGGUCAGAAAUUGAAAGUGCAGCUGUUGUCCACUAUAACGGUAACAUGAAGCCAUGGCUGGAGUUAGCAAUGACUAAAUAUCGACAAUAUUGGACCAGAUACAUCAAGUAUGAUCAUCCAUACCUUCGAAAUUGCAACCUAAGCGAGUGAACUUUUAAAAGGCUAUUAAGGUACGGCCAAUCUCUCUCUCUCUCUCUCUCUCUCUCUCUCUGGAGUUAAGGAAUAGUUCAUUGAUUUAGAUCAAGAGAAGGAAUGUGGUUGAAUUUUCUUUGCUGCAUUUCCUUCUAUCCCGAUUGGUUAUUGUUUCCUUGUAAUUCAUUAAAUUGUUUCCACCAUCCCUCAUAUGGAACUAGGUAAAGCUCUGUGCUAUUGACCUGUAAAGUAAACCCCAACAAGGCAGUUCUUCCCUGUAUCUUUCUGUCUCUGUUUCGUCGCAGCUUAGUUUAGUUUAGACAAGAAUAGUUACCCUUCAUAUAAAUGUGAAUCAUCUGUAUUCUGUUAACAGUGGCUAAUUGAUGUGGUGGUUUUCCCUUGCAAUAACUUUUGAAUUUAGUGCU